GAAUCCGAAAAUAACAUAAACUUUGACAAUGGAGUCCUUAAACCGAAACACGGUCCAUAGAUGGUCCCUGAUCCCUGGGACCAACACUGUGUUGACAUUAACUAACACCACAAGCUUGUUUUAUUCAUAUAUUUUGAUCUGUGAGCAGAAUUUCAUCACUUCCAACAGCUCCAAAAAACACGCCCACAAAAAUAUUCCAAGUGUUUUCAGUGAACAGGGUUGAUGACAAGCUCUGUAAUAACACUCGAAAGUACACCAACAUGGGCUGUCGCCGCUGUUGUUUUCUUCUUGAUUUCCAUCUCCAUUUGCAUUGAACAUUUACUUCAUCUUUUAGCCAAGUAUUUCAAUAAGAACAGAAGGAAAUAUCUUAUUCAAGCUCUUGACAAGAUCAAAUCCGAAUUACUGCAAUUGGGGUUCAUAUCAUUGUUGUUAACUGUGGGUGAAAAGCCAAUUGCAAAUAUAUGUAUCCCAAAGAGUAUAGGUGAAACUUUUCUCCCUUGUAGUGAUCCUUCAAAUGAUAGUCCUGAAGAAGCAAAAUGUGAAGAACAGGGAAUGGUUUCAUUGUUGUCUAGACGAGGUAUGAAAGAGCUUCAGUACUUAAUAUUUGUGCUGGCUUUCUUCCAUUCUUUAUCAUGCAUCCUCACAUUUGGUCUUGGCAUGGCAAAGAUGAGGAAGUGGAAAUCUUGGGAGGCUGAAACAAGAACAUUAGAAUAUCAAUUCUCAAAUGAUCCUAGGAGGUUCCUCUUGAUUCAUCAUACAACAUUUGCAAGGCGACAUCUUAGAUUCUGGAGUGAACACAGGUUUCUUCGUUGGCCGGCAUGUUUUCUUCGGCAGUUCUAUGCAUCUGUCUCCAAAGUGGACUACUUCACUCUUCGACAUGGAUUCAUUACGGCCCAUUUUUCAGAAGGAAGCACCUUUGACUUCCAAAAGUACAUAAAAAGAACUUUGGAAAAGGACUUUGGAGUGGUUGUGGGAAUAAGCCUCUGGGUUUGGAUUUUGUCAAUGUUAUUCAUAUUCUUGAAUGCACAUGAUUUUUAUAAUUAUCUCUGGCUUCCUUUCAUUCCACUAUUGAUGUUGCUGCUGGUGGGGACUCAACUUCAAGGCAUCAUCAGUAGGAUGUGUUUGGAAAGUCAAGAGAAAUCUCAAGUAGUGAGAGGAACAUUUCUAGUUAGACCAAGUGAUCAUUUCUUCUGGUUUGGUUGGCCCAAAUUGCUCCUCCACCUUAUGCACUUCAUAUUAUUUCAGAACUCAUUUCAACUGGCAUUCUUCACCUGGACUUGGUACAAAUUUGGAUUUAGAUCAUGCUUCCAUCGAAAGACCGAAGACAUUGUGAUAAGACUAGCCAUGGGAGUUUUGGUUCAAGUCCUUUGUGGAUAUGUUACUCUGCCUUUGUAUGCUUUGGUCACUCAGAUGGGAACAUCAAUGAAGAAAGUUAUCUUCCCAGAAAAAGUGGUUGAAGGUCUCAAGAGAUGGCGAGCCAAUGCUAGAAGAAACAUUGCACUAAAAAAUAAUUACACCUCAGCAAGGCCUUCACUCGAUAAUAAUACAACAUCAAUCAAUACUUCACCUUCAUUUGGAGCUUCACCUUCUUUCAAUCUCAACACCCCUCAUUGCGUAAAAUUUGACCAACCAUCGAGCUCAGAGUACCUUGCCGUUGGGGUAAAAGACGAAGGAAAGGCAAAUAGCACAAAUAGAGAAACAAAAGGCUCAUAAGGGAGGUUCCUUUGGUGGUUUUGAUGUGAGAAAGAUAUAUUGAAAAAGACUUGAUUGGAAAUCGUCAGGAAAAGUCUAUAUUAAUGGAAUUUCAAGUUUUAUCGACGAUUUUGUUGUUGUUGUUAGUAUAUGUACAUUUUUUGUAGUGAUAUAUGUGUGUAACUACACCUAUUUAUUAUGUAUAUUAUUGUUUCUUACCUCCAAUCAAAAGAAAAAUAUGAUAAUAACAUAUAUUUGAUAUUAUUUUUCCACUA